AUGGCUUGUAAUCAUUGGGCAAUGUGGGCUGGCAAGAUUAGCCCGUGGGCUUGCCCAGGCUGGUGGGACCCACCAUUUGCCCGGGCUCAUUGCUGUGCGCUGGAGCUGGAAAUGGGCUGCCAGGGGGGCCUUUUGCCCAGGUUUGGUGCAGUGGUGGACAUGCUCUUAGCAAACUCAAGAGAGAAGAAGAGGUUGCGUAGUGCACAGCUCGAGGAUAUUUGA